AGUCCGCAAAUGUCGCCGUUUCUGAAUUAAUAUUAUUUAUUACAAAAGUAUAGUGUUUAAGAAAUACUUCCUCUUCCUUUAACUAUAAAAUGACUGAACUGACUUAAAAUUGUUUGAAACCGCUAAGUUCUAGGAUAGUGUAUUACUAUUUAUUUAUUUCAUUGUUCGAUACUCUCUAAUUUCGUUGAUCUAAUAAUAAACCAACGCCGAAAUCUCUUUAUAGUUUCGGCCUACGUACGCAAUAGUUUCAGCGCAUCGUAGCACGCUCUUACGGAGCAACGUAAAGGUUGUGUUUAUUAUAGAAAAUGUAGUGCGCAUUUCGCACGCGUUCUGUUCCUACUAGUUAUUGGGCCGGCCGAGAAUAAUUAUCAGGGACUAUUUAUCGUCACAAAAUGUUUCAAAAAGUCUAUUUAUCUCUGUACUAUAUCGAUUUGGCAUGAAACAUGCGUACGAUAAGAUAAUCUUAUUGACUGUGCAUUGAUUUGGGCCACAAGUGUUAACGUUCGUAUGAAUUGAGUGAUAAUAUAUAUAAUUUAUUGUACUAACAGAUUUGUUUAGUAUGUGAACACAUAUUGAAUGACUGAUGAAUAAGUGUGAAGUGGUAGGUUGGUAAAUAGAAACAAGAUGCCUGGGAAAAUAAAGGUGAAGGUACUCGCAGGACGUAACCUGCCUGUAAUGGACCGGGCUAGUGAUACUACAGAUGCCUUUGUGGAGAUCAAGUUUGGGGGUAUAACCCAUAAAACAGACGUUUGUCGCAAAUCUCUGAACCCACACUGGAGCAGCACAGAGUGGUAUAGGUUUGAGGUGGAUGAAUCAGAGUUACAAGAUGAGCCACUACAGUUGCGUCUGAUGGACCACGACACAUAUUCAGCAAAUGAUGCAAUUGGCAAAGUAGUGAUCAGCCUAGCUCCCCUCUUGGCCAGAGAGAUCCAUAACACUAAAGGUGUUGGCACUACACCUGGUGGUGCUGUAUUGUCAGGGUGGAUACCAGUUUUUGACACAAUGCAUGGCAUUCGUGGUGAGCUAAAUGUUAUUGUAAAGGUGGAACUUUUCACUGACUUUAACAGAUACAAGACCUCAAGCUGUGGAGUCCAAUUCUUUCACUGUCCAUCAAUACCACCAGGAUAUAAAGCAAUAGCAGUUCAUGGCUUUGUUGAGGAGUUAGUUGUCAAUGAUGACCCCGAGUACCAAUGGAUAGACAAGAUUAGGACACCUCGAGCUUCAAAUGAAGCCAGACAAGUGGCAUUUAUUAAACUCAGCAAUCAGGUACAGAGGCUGGUAGGUUUAAAAGCAGCUGAGCUAGGUGCUAAUGCUGUAGUGGGAUAUCAGCAGGAUUUUGAUUUAGAGGGGGAGGCAGGUGUUGUUGCCAGAGCUAUAGGCACAGCAGUUAGCAUAGUUCCUCCACCAAUGCCUAGUCAAUCAAUGAGCAUUCCUCCCUGCACACAACAACAGUUAAAGAAGUACUUGGACAUUUUGGCGACUGACAACGAAAGUAUUACUGACUUGAAUCAAUACUUCCAGAGCCACCAAGAUGAGUUAACUAAAUUACUGAACAUUAUGAAUCCCAAGGAUUCUGCUUUGUUAGAUGACGCAGAAAACCUAGAAGACGACGAUAAAUGUGAUCUAACGAGACAAUCGAGUAUCAAAAGUUAUACUGGUAGUCUUUCCAUAUACCAAGAUGAUUACGUUUCCCAAAAAAGCAUGAGACACCUCUCAGAAGAUCAAACUGAUUUGAACAAACUACUAAGACGCAAUGAGGACUCAGAUUCAGACUCGUCAGGGCCAUUGCAAAAAAUUAAAAAACUUAAAACUACCUUGUUUACUAGACGCUUUGGCAGCCACCGUUCUAGAAAGUCUGAAAAGCAGGAGGAUCAAAUUUCAUUGAAAUCAAAUUCGUCGGAUACAUCACGUAUAUCUUUAACAGAGUUAAGAAAGGAAUUCAUAAAGUUUAAAAGGUUGAAGAAGCCGAAAUUUACAAAAAGCCGUAAAACAUUUGCAAACAAAGAAGAUGAAGGAAUUGGCAUGGCAUCAAUCCUUGCGAGGUCUGUGAUUCAUGCUCACACCAGCCUCGCCUGCAUUGCAGAAACACAAGAUUCAGAACACUCACCAAGUUCAACAAUGAGGCGAACCAGUGAAUCUGAGCCCAACAUUAAUGUAUCUGAUGAUGAUAGGCCCAAAAGUAUACCUGCAGAUACUGAAAAUAAACUGAAAAAUGAAUCAAAUGUCAAAAUUCCCGAAAUACAUACAUCUCUUAAGAACAUAAAGUCUGACGAAAGCAAUACGACUACAGUACAUAGAAAAAUAUCAGAAUCUUGUCCUGCAACUCCGAUGACUGAGAGAAAUGAAAAUCUUCUAAAGCUUCCUGGAGAAAUGGGAUACUUCGGAUCACUUUCACUGUCUGGAGACAGUUCUGUAUACAGUAACAGUAGCUCCGAAGAGGAUGACGAAAGUUCAGAUCAAAAAACUGAUACAGAGAAAUACGUUGAAACUACGAGCUCUGUUGUCCAAACGGUCUUAAAUAAUACCGUAAAUCCAGCGUUUAUUGCCCAAAUGGACAGGAAACUUAGCAUUCUGGAAGGCUGCGUGCCUAAACUUAAAGAAAGUAAGUCACAAAGUCUAAUUGAAAAUUGUGAUCAAAAACAGGCUAAUAGUGAAUUGUCAAAAUCAUCACCAUGUAUAACUGAUCAAAACGACACUGACAGUGAUACAUUAAAGAAAGAUAUUAUUUUUGAGUCAGCGUCGCCUAAUACAGAUGUUAAUUCUCCAACGUCUAAAUCCAAUAGUGGACAUCACUUUAAAUUCCAUAAUCCUUUUACCCACAAAAAAGUGUCCAAAAGCGUUAGUGCACCUUCCUCUCCCAUUGAAACCAAGGGUUUCAUAUAUCGCUCAUCUAAAAGAAUAAGGCGUCAACUUUCCAAAAUAUCCAACAGCAAUAUGAUUAAAAGUCUUUCUCAUUAUUCAUUAUUACCAAAGAAAAAACAUUCUGCGGCUAAGGUAACUCUUAGCCAACCAGGAUCCACAUCAGAUGUUCCGUCGAAGGCGCCUAGUCAUGAAACUGUUUUGGGUUCUCCGUUUUUAUCGUUUGCGGAUUUAAUGACCCUCGAUAAAGAAAAUAGCGAUUCGCACAAAGAACCGUUUCAUAGAAGUGACGAAUUAGAUCAUUCAAAAGUUAUGAUGUAUAUAGGUUCAGAACCAGUUUCUCGAGCAUCACUAAGCGGCCCAUCAUCGCCUUAUGUUCGAGAAGAAAGUCAUCAUUUUGACCAAAAAUCAUUAAGAGGAGAUAGAGCUUCACUUAAAUCUACUGGUUUACUUCACACGGCAAUGGAAACCAUUCUCAUUGAUAAAGUUCAGUCUUUACUUGUUCCGACUUCGCCUGAACCUAAUCAGUCAAAAGAGCAACAAUUCUUUGACAAUAUCAAUGAAAAAUUGGAAAAAGUUGAAGAGACCAGAAAUAUAGAAAAUUUGAAAAAUAUUAACAUUACAAAAAGCGACGACAGACCGGCUAUGGAAACUGCACUUAUGGACAAAUUUCAGUCAUUGCUUACAACUCCUGAUAUAAAUCAGGACACGGAUAAGCAUUUUUUUACCGAUACUGUAAAGACGAAUGAAAAAUAUAGCCACCCUCAUGAGAAUAAGGGUCACUCAAGUGAUCGAGAGCGUUCAAGCUCACAAGAAAAGAGUGAUAGUUUGGUUCAAUCUGCUGUUAAAACAUUACUAAUUGAUAAGGUUCAGUCCUUAAUGCCGGCGUCAUCUGAGCCUGUUAAUUUCAGUGAAAAGUAUUUAAAGGACGAAGAAACGGCUCAUACUAAACGAAACAAACACCAUGGUAGCUUCUUUCAUACUGCUAUGGAGAUGGAGACCAAGCUCAUUGAUAAAGUCCAAUCUCUCAUUCAUCAUAAAUCAGAUGGUGAUGAACAUAAAAGUCAUCAUAUCAGCGAUAUACUUCACUUAUCAGAUCAUACAAAAGAUAAAAAAGAAAAACAUGAAAGUCUUUUACACACGGCCAUGGAAACUAUACUUCUCGAUAAAGCGCAAUCACUUAUACCGACAGGCUCAGAGCCAAUAACUUGUCCAGAUAAACCAGUAUUCGCUAGUAAAAGCCAAUCAACAGAAAACCUUGAAAAUGUGAAAGAUAGUCACAAUCUUCUCCACACGGCAAUGGAGACUAUUUUGAUGGAUAAAGUUCAAACACUUGUGCCACAACCGUCGGACAUUGCUCCUUUUAUAAGUGAUACCACAGAAAGAAUAAAUGAAGUAAGAAAGGAGAAGGACGGAAGGGAAAGUCAUGUAAUCGAUUCUACAGUUGGAACGAAUAUUGAAAACAUGACUAUUUCUGGUUCCAAUACUGAACAGAAAAUUUCUUCGAAGGAAUAUCAUCCAUUCGAUGAAAUUGAUCAAGUCAAAGAUACUAAAGAAGACAGUUUACUUCAUUCCGCUAUGGAAACAAUACUUUUGGACAGCGUUCAAUCUCUUCUGUCAGUCGCUAACGUUAAAUCUGAUUGUUCAACUUCCAUUACAGAGCAAUCUCUUAAUAAGGAAGCUGACAGCUUUGAAAGAAAAGAAGUUUUAACAGGGCCAACUACCAAUAAAGAGAAAAUCUUAAUUAGGCAAGAUAGCUUACAUUCACUCCCGGAAGUUGGUAAUGAAGAGUCGCCAAUAAUGUCCAAGGACGUCGGUGCUAACUUAGAUUUGUCACCUAGAGUAACUCACAACAAACCUGUCUUGCAACAUUUUCAUCCUAUUCUUAGCGGUCCGCCUCUGGAAACCAUACCGUCACUGCCAGAAAGUAGUUUGGAUCACGCUGAGAGUUUAGACGUAGAAGGAGUUGAGCGAACGUGUGACUGUCAAUCUGAGUGUCAAUGUCAAGAGUGUGAUAGUGAAACUAACAGUGCUAGCGUGUGUGAUAACUCGCAUGCAGCGUGCCGAUUUGACAGGAAUGAGCGGGAAAAAGAGCAAUGUGAAAAGGAAAAGGGAUCGCCCAGACAUGCUCGACACGAAUCGUAUGGAGGCCGGGAGCCCGUUGCGACGUCACAACCCACGCAGAGUUUCUCGCUCAACUCUACUUCUACACCAGUUGGAAUACAUCGCAGAUCCUCAGAUUCUGAUUUAAGCGUGACACCUAAAGGAGGUUCCCUAAAUGCAUCAGCAGGUAACGGAGGAAGCGGUGGUGGUGCCAUUUUACGUCCGUCAAUGAACAGCAAUAAUUUGGAAAUGUUGGAAUACCCUUUCUUGACUAUGACGGAAUACCCACCUGGCUUCAUUGUGCAUAUAGGAGGCACUGUGUGCGCGCGGUCCGUGAAGUUGGUAGACGCAGGGGGCGAAAGCGCCGCGCGCGCCGCCUGGUGGGCGGAGCUGCGCACGGAAUUGCGGGCUCAUGCGCGCGCGCUUCGGUGCAACGCUGUCAUCGCCUACACAGAGAGCGCCGCUAUUUGUGAGGAUGUCUGCGUGCUGUCUGCGUCGGGCACUGCGGCUGUGAUCAACCUUGACUGCGAGUUCCACAUGGAAUCCGAAAUGUCCACCUCAGUUCCUAAUGGGCCCAAGACAGAGCUUGAGCCAGAGGAGCCGGAGCUUCCAGAGUACUGCACGAUGGCUCACGUGCCCUACUCGCCGGGGGCGGGGCCCUACCGCGUCGAGCUCUCCACCUGCGGGGGCUGCAAGCGAGCUCGCGUGCCGGCAGUGUUGUUGGCAACGUGUGCUAAGCCAAGCAGGAUGCAGUCUUACGCCAGAGCAGUCACCGUCACCGCUGUUGCGGCUCGUGUGCGCCGCGCGCCGCCUGCGUCGGAGCCCGGUGCGAGGGACAUCUCCGACCAGCUACCCUUCCUCGAGUACGAGCUGCACAAACUGCUGCUUGCCAAGCUCAGGAUGCAGGGGGCCAACGCGUUGUUUUCUCUACAAACACAAAUCGCGAUUGGUGAAAGAUACGUGAUGGCGCUCGCGAGUGGAACGGCUGUGAGACUGGCUGCAUUACCGCCACCCACACCGCCCAGAAUAAAGGCGUCCGAAACCGACAAAAAUGCACUGGAGAUACAGAGAGCGCUCUGGGACUCCUUCACCGCAAACAAAGCCGCGAAUGGAUACGAUAUAGCAGGCAGUGCGGACCAGAUCCCGAAUGGCGCGCUGCCGGACUUGGAGACCGAGGAGCCGGCGGCGGCGCCUGCGCUCGACCUCUGCGUGGACAAGGACGCCUGUGUGCUUGAACUCGACGAGGCGGAAGAUGUGGAGACAGCGAAGACACUGGCGAUGCGUCGUAUGCACAUGCAGGUGUUCACGAGCGGCAUGAAGGCCGCGCCCAAGGCACCGCCACAUGCGUUUGCGCAGGUAUGGCGCGCGCGGCUUCAGGUGUCGGGCCAGAGCGCAGGCGCGUCGACGGCGGCGGAGCGGCACGUGGCGCGUGCGCUCGACGGCGUUACUUACAAGCUGCGGCGUUUACAACCCUGCGCACUUGUCGCGCCCAGGUUCCAGCUCGAACUGCCUGAGGAUGAAAUCCAGUUGGUAGUGUCAGGGGCCGCUAUCCCGCUACUAGAUCCGAAUCGACCCGAGCAGAUUCUCCCAGAGAUUGUGUAUCCUGAGAGCACUACUCCAAGUCCUCAGCCAACGCAUAGCAACGGGAACCAUAGCAACGGCAACCAUGGCAGUGGUAACCAUAACAACGGCGGUCAUAACCAUGGCAACGGCACUGGCGACGCAGAUGAUGAUAUAUUUACUCUCGAUGAAGAACAACUGGUGAAGCAAACACAGCCAAGCGAAGUCGGCGAUGAGAAGGCGAUUGUUACGACUGGUCAGGCACCAACGAUGGUAUCUUUGACGUCAUUGAGCCACGUGAGUGGUUCGCGGACUCUGCGCCGCAUAUGCGCGCUGCGACUGCUCUUCGUACGGGAGACCACGGCCGUCAGGGAGCUUGGAGGCCUCAGCGGGUUCCUACACACAUUCACCUGCGAGGUGCUAGCGAUAGUGCGAGCGUACACCGCGGCGUUGGGGGGUAACGCACUCACCUCCUUCUACAUAACACAGCUCAUGUUGCAAGACAACGCGCACAAGAAUCAGGGGCAGUGCCUGCUGUCAGUGGGCGGGGAUGUGGUGCACAUCACCUACUGACACAGCGCUGAGACCGACUGACACAUAGACUGGCUGGUGAGCCACGGCGUGCCGCUGCGCCGCGCUCACUCGGUCUAAGUGCCCGGGCGCAUCACUUGCCAUCAUACUCACCGAUCAAUACUCAGCCUGUAGGUGCACUUCACUAGCAUCCAGCACAACAUAACAUCGCACGCACCAUUUGCAAUUUAUUUCCGUUUAAUUGCAUAGCGUAUGUGUAAUCGCGGAGUGACUCAUCAAUGUAAGUGCUUAUGAACGACGGAAAAGUGAGACUGGUAAACUUAUAGACAUUUGUAGGUUACAACUUCGUCUUUCAGGCGUGUAUAGGUAAUUAGUAUUAGAGUCAUUACUGGAAACUAUAAUUGAGCGAGAGAGUAUAGAGGUAUAGCACGUUUGCAACGUGACGUCAAAGUUGCUUUGUUGAGUUACAAUUGUUUUUUACAUAAUAUAGGAUACAAUGAUAUUAAAUUACGAAUUUACUAAAAUAGUCAAUUUAAUAAUUAAUUUUGGAACUAACAUCAACUUCUGCUGUAACCAUAUUGAGCAUUGAAACUUUCGUUUCGUUUCAACUGUAUAGAACAGUUUUGUAAUUGUUUAAAGAAAUUUCAUGACGUCGCGACGUUGAGGCUUUCAGCAAUCUAAUGUGACAUUGACACGAUAUCGAAGAUAUUUUAAUGUCUAAGAAGAUAACUUACAUAUAAUUAACUAAUGUGUUAUAUUUCCUACGUAAAAUUGUAGUUAUUAGGUUUUUGAUCAAUUGUUUUUAAUAACAAUGCAUAUCAUGACAAUCUGUAGUAUUCAUAUUAUUCAUGGUGUAUUCAACCCACAACUAGCUUAGCGGUCUUGGCGAUAAAAGUAUUUAAGAUAUGUAGAAAAAGGAGAUACAAAAUCAUUUGUCUUCCGUUAAAUUGUAAAAUUCAUUCAGCAUGCUGUGGAGUUUUUAAAUCCUUUGAUUAGAUUAGUCAUUGGCCCCGAUUCCUGCAGACACCUCCUAAUUUUAUUUUAAGUUAUACCCGUCAUUUUCUUAUUCGCCGAAAAGAAAAGGGACGGAUGAUUGACAACUGUUAAUUUCAAAACGAAUGAGUUGAAUGAAUAACCCGAGCGAAUCAAAUAGGUAUCUCGCUGGUAUGCAACCCGUUUGACGUAUGCUGUCAACUUAAUUCUGUAGGGUUAUUGGCCGAUGUAAAAAUUUUAGAGGGUUGUUUUUAUAUUUCUGCCGUGUGUUACAUUAAUUUUAUUCCUGUCGAUUACCGGUCCCAUUUUAAUCGGAGAAGAAAAUGACAGGUAUAACUUAAAAUGAAAAUAAAUGGUACUUGCAGGAAUUAGCACCAUUAUUGCUGCUUAUGACCUUGCAGUAGAUGAUUAUUCCAUGUCAAUUACGUAAUAUUAUAAAAAAAACCUCAUUUAGAGUGAGAUCUAGCGAGUUGUAUUUACUGUAACAAUAUUAAUUAUUAUUAUAAUUUUUACAUAAAUAACAAACGUUUCAAUUGUUAUUCGGUGUGUAAUGUAAUAUAAUUAUUGUAUACUUUCGACAUUAUUGUAAAAUGUAGACGUAGUAUGUAUAAAUAGUAAAAUUUUAUAUAUUUCAUGAUAAUAUUAUGUAGGUAAUGGACUUUUGCAACCACUGCAUAUGACUAGUCAACAAAAUAAACGUCACCAGUCAGUCAUUUGCCACUGAGGGACUUCCCAGGCUAUGUUCUCCAAAAAUAAUACAGAUGACGUUGUACAGAUUUAACGUGACAUACAUACAUACAUACAUAAACUCACGCCCGUAAUCCCUAAUGGGGUGGGCAGAGCCACAAGUAAUCAAAGACAACUUGCAGCCACUGUUGAUACGAAUUAACGUGACGAUUACCGUUUUCUCAUUAAAAAUAUCGUUUCUCAUUAAUAUAACGGCCUCUGUGGUCCAGUGGUUGAGCGUUGGACUCACGAUCCGGAGGCCCCGGGUUCGAAUCCCGGUGGGGACAUAUCACAAAAAUCACUUUGUGAUCCCUAGUUUGGUUAGGACAUUACAGGCUGAUCACCUGAUUGUCCGAAAGUAAGAUGAUCCGUGCUUCGGAAGGCACGUUAAGCCGUUGGUCCCGGUUACUACUUACUGAUGUAAGUAAGUAGUCGUUACAUGAGUCAUGUCAGGGGCCUUUGGCGGCUCAAUAGUAACCCUGACACCAGGGUUGAUGAGGUUGGUAAUUCACCUCACAACCCACACGAUAAGAAGAAGAAUUAAAAAUAUAAUGUAAUGGCAGAGGCAUCCAAUAUAAUCUAAGCCUAUUCUAUCCCACUGCUGGGCAAAGACCUCCCUUUGAUUUUAUAGAAUAAAAUCACGGCAGAGCAUAUAUAAAAAUAAUAGAUGCAAAUAUGAAUAAUAGAUAAAAAUAAUAUUUGGUUUAAAAACAUUUUCUUUUUUCUAUUUUACUUAUUUAUGAAUUUUAAUCAAGGAAAACGUAAUUAUAAGUCAGACUAUUUGUCUCAUUUUUCUAUGACGACACGGUGUGCUUUUUCAUACAAAUCCCAUAGCAAUUUCGUCUUUUGACGUUUAGAAAAAAGUAACUGAUUUGACUAGAUGGAAACCAGUCUAUUAUGUUGCUCCCUAUAUUGCUUCUGAUUAUUCUGAUCGGAAUAAUAAUGGGUGGAAGAUGUGUUGUGCCUGGGUUAACAAGGGUCAUCAUUUAUAUUCAAAAAGAAAGUUAAACGAAGGCAACUCUGUACAGCUGCUGCCACCUGCCGCUAGUUUUUUGGGGAAUGUGGUCUGAGUAGUCCCUCGUUCUCAUUAUUUAAUGGACAAUUAUUAUUGUAAUGAAUGUUUUAUUAUUUCCUCUCUAGACGACGUAUUUUGACGCGUUAGUAACCCAUACGAAUUGAUAGGAUAGUUGAUAUCGUUUAGUUGUAUUCCCAUAUUAUCUACAAUAUAUUUAUGUACUAAUGCCAUUAUCGCGUACUGUUUACGGAUUUUUUACAUAAUUAUAAACGUGUAAUCGACAACAAUUUACGUAUUCGUGUUUUCAAUGUAAUUUGUAAUGUAUUAUAAUGAAUAAUGACUCUUUAUUUAUGUAAAUGUGUGCUCUGCUAUUUUAUGGUUAGUGUAAAUGUAUGGUGCUACAUAGACAUGUACAUACCUAGGUACUUCGUAUUUUCGUCGGAGAGACGGUCAUCUAGAUCUUGUCACAAAAAAAAAAUUCGUUUGUAAUAUCAUGCUAUUAUCACGAAUAUGGCGUACAAAAUGACAAAAACAUUACCUCUGACAUAAUUGAUAGGCUAGCCUAUCAUAUUUCUUUGUGUUUCAUAUUGGUUCUAAUUUCGUGUAGAUCUAAUUUUAUUUUUAGUUAGAUCUAAAAAUCCACCGAAAAGGAAAGGGACGGAUGAUUGACACCUGUUAAUUUGAAAAUGAAUAAGUGUAAUGAAUAACCCGGGCGAAUCUAAUAGGUAUCUCGCUGGUGUGCAACCCGUUUGACGUGUGUUGUCAACUUAAUCCGUCGAGUUAUUGGCCAAUGUAGAAUUAAAGGGUGGUUUUAGAUUUCAGCCUAAAAUCGACGUGAGUUCCAUAAAUGUUAUGGCUGCCAAUUAUCCGUCCGUUUCCUUUUCGCUUAUAUAGCUUAAGUAAAAUGUCUACAGGAAUUAGCACCGUUAUGUGUUGUUAUCUGACGACACAAUGAUAGGUAGAUAGACCUAAAAUAUUUAUGUAAAUAUUACGUACAUAAUACUUUGACUAUUUCAUUGUAAAGGUAAUCGUGAUAAUAUAAUUUCACUCAGGCCUCUCUCCUUAUAUCGCCCUAAAUGUAUUUGUACCACAUGACAUGUCUAUAUUGAGAAACUCGGAUGUCAAACAAUAUUAUUGUGACAAUUAUAAUUGUAACUAAUUGGAUGUUUUUUGCAUUUUGCCUAUCUUUAUCAUCAUGUGUUGUGUAGCAUUAAAUAUAAUGUGAAAAAUCCGAA